CGGUGGGUGCUGGGAGGUGGGGCUGGAUGACUUCCGGUCGGCGAGGCCUGCUGAAGUGCUGUGUAACUAACGCCGGGUGAUUUUUGCCGCCGUCAUGCCGGAUCAGCUGGGAAGUGACCAGCGUAAAGCCAAAGAGGAGUCCAAAGAAGAAGAUAAGCCGAUUCGAGCACUUGAUGAAGGGGAUAUUGCCCUCCUUAAGACCUAUGGUCAGAGUACCUAUUCCAGGCAGAUCAAGCAAGUGGAGGAUGACAUCCAACAGCUUCUCAAGAAAAUUAACGAAUUGACUGGUAUCAAAGAAUCUGACACUGGUUUGGCUCCUCCAGCAUUGUGGGACUUAGCAGCAGACAAACAGACUCUCCAGAGUGAGCAGCCUUUACAAGUUGCAAGAUGUACAAAGAUUAUUAAUGCAGAUUCUGAAGAUCCCAAGUACAUCAUUAAUGUGAAGCAAUUUGCAAAAUUUGUGGUUGAUCUAAGUGACCAGGUGGCUCCUACUGAUAUUGAGGAAGGAAUGAGAGUUGGUGUGGAUCGAAACAAGUACCAGAUACAUAUUCCACUGCCACCAAAGAUCGAUCCUACUGUUACCAUGAUGCAGGUGGAAGAAAAGCCAGAUGUUACCUACAGUGAUGUGGGUGGCUGCAAAGAACAGAUUGCAAAAUUGCAAGAGGUUGUGGAAACUCCUUUGCUACAUCCAGAGCUUUUUGUAAACCUUGGUAUUGAACCACCAAAAGGAGUGCUGCUCUUUGGACCACCAGGAACAGGCAAGACUCUCUGUGCUCGAGCUGUGGCUAAUAGGACCGAUGCUUGCUUCAUUAGAGUGAUAGGAUCGGAACUGGUGCAGAAGUACGUCGGAGAGGGUGCUCGAAUGGUUCGUGAACUUUUUGAGAUGGCCAGAACAAAAAAGGCGUGCUUGAUUUUCUUUGAUGAGAUUGAUGCAAUUGGAGGUGCCCGUUUUGAUGAUGGUGCUGGUGGUGACAAUGAAGUUCAGCGCACAAUGCUGGAGCUUAUUAACCAACUAGAUGGUUUUGAUCCAAGGGGUAACAUUAAAGUACUGAUGGCCACAAACAGGCCUGACACCUUAGAUCCAGCUCUGAUGAGACCUGGGCGUUUAGACCGAAAAAUUGAAUUUAGUUUGCCAGAUCUUGAGGGUCGAACUCACAUUUUCAAAAUCCAUGCACGGAGCAUGAGUGUGGAAAGAGACACGAGGUUUGAACUGCUUGCUCGAUUAUGUCCAAAUAGUACAGGAGCUGAGAUUCGUAGUGUUUGUACUGAAGCUGGAAUGUUUGCUAUCAGAGCUCGCAGAAAAAUUGCCACAGAGAAAGACUUCUUGGAAGCUGUGAAUAAAGUUAUCAAGUCAUAUGCCAAGUUCAGUGCUACCCCAAGAUACAUGACCUAUAACUAAUUUAGCUUUGAACUUUACCUCUGUGACUGUAAUAUUUACAUUGUUAGCCAAUUGUGAUUUUAACUAGUUAUAAAAAGUGGAUUUGGUGAUCCUUAAAUGUGUUUAAUAAUUGGGUUUUCAUUAUGGCCUAAUAGAAAUAAAGAAACAAUGAACUCA